AUGACUGCGGCUGUCUCAGUGUCCAAUGACGCCUACCUGCCGGUUUGGAGGCCGUGGUUCGCGCUGUACAAUGUGAGGCUCAAGCCUCCCGGAAAGGGCGCGCAGACGAGCGGGAGCGACGACGCUGCCUCUGACGCAUCCGACGGCGCUCCCGCGGAGCCGGAGCCGCUUUUCCACCGCGCGCUGCCCGAGGAGCUGAAAGUCCGCAUCUUCAGCGAGCUCCCCGGAUGGAUGCUGGGCGUGGCGAGCUGCGUGUGCACGCGCUGGCGGGACAUCAUGAAGACUGACCUCAUCUGGCGAUCCGCCUGCAUGCGCGCCUGGCCGGCGUGCAGCGCCGAGGAGAACCAGGACAUCUGCGACAGCGAGUACGCCGGGGAGUGGAAGCGGAUGUGGCUGGAGCGCACGCGCCUGCGGCACGAGGGCCUCUACGUCUCGCGCAACACGUACCUCCGCUCGGGGCUCAUCGGGCCGCAGGGCGAGCGCCUGGUGGCCCUGGCACUGUACUUUCGCGUAUGGCGAUUCUUCCCCGACGGAACCUGCCUGCUGCGGUCGACGCCGCUGGCCCCGCGGGAGGUGGUGCGGCACAUGCACCGCCGGCUGAGGGCGGACGGGGACGGCGGGAGCAAGUGGGUGGGGGGGGAGGGGGUAAUUGUGGGGUCGUAUUUGUUGGACAAGGACCGACUGUAUGUCAAGCUGCGGUAUGACAACUCCAGUCGGACGGAGAUCCGGUGGAAGAUGCGGCUGCGGUCGACCGUGAAGGGCGCGCACAACCGCCUCGACGUGCUCUCGCUGUCUUCCUACGACAGGGUGAUGGACGAGGCGACGCCGCUGCCGGACGGUCCGGGCGGGGGGGACUCUGACGAGGAGUACGAGGGGUACGAUGUCCAGAGCCACUCCCGGGGGACCAACACCGUCUGUUUCAUACCCUGGGAGCGGAUCCCGCACCACGACAUCAACCUGAGCAUCAAGGAGAUGGACACGUGGAUACCGGGCUGA